AUGAAUACAACUAGAGGUCUUGUCACUGCUGUGAGAACAAGUGCGAGAUCUACGAAAACCGUGCCAAGAUCUUUGAGAAGACAAUCAUCCUUCAAAGCCAUCAACCUUCUACAAAAGUCCUCCCAGAAUUUCUCAAGAUUAUAUCAUGGAUCUGCUACACGCAAUGCUACCCCGGCGUCAUUGGCAGAGGCUUCUAAUCCAGCAAUGGCAUUUCCUUGUCUAGAUGCCCUCGAAACCAAGUCUGCGACCUUAGAAGCUCGUUCACUUUCAAGUGGCCCAGAGCCAUCCUAUACCAGCGGAGCCACCCUCAAAUACCAUUGCGAUGACCCUUUGCUACUCGAUUGGGGAGGUGUACUGCGGAAAUUUGAUAUUGCUUAUGAGUCAUGGGGUGAAAUCAACGCCGACAAGUCGAAUGUCAUUUUACUGCACACUGGUUUGUCUGCAUCUUCACAUGCACAUUCAACACAAGCGAAUCCCAAGCCAGGGUGGUGGGAAAAGUUCAUAGGUCCGGACAAAAGCCUCGAUACAAGCAAAUAUCAUAUCAUAUGUACGAAUGUUAUUGGGGGGUGUUAUGGCUCAACAGGACCCUCGACGAUCGACCCUGCCGAUGGAAAACGGUAUGCAACGAGGUUCCCAAUUCUUACUAUGGAAGAUAUGGUGCGGGCACAGUUUCGAUUACUCGACGGGCUCGGAAUCACAAAACUAUAUGCCAGUGUUGGCUCGAGUAUGGGCGGCAUGCAAUCAUUGGCUGCCGGCGUUCUAUUUCCUGAAAGGGUUGGCCGAGUGGCCAGUAUUUCAGGGUGCGCACGAAGCCACCCAUACAGCAUUGCAAUGCGCCAUACUCAACGGCAAGUGUUGAUGAUGGAUAAGAACUGGAAUCGAGGAUUUUACUACGAUCAUAUUCCUCCUCACGCAGGUAUGAAACUUGCGCGUGAAAUUGCAACGGUAACAUACCGUUCGGGGCCUGAAUGGGAGUUAAGAUUCGGUCGAAGAAGAGCCGAUCCAAGCAAGCAACCUGCCUUAUGUCCGGAUUUUCUUAUCGAGACAUAUCUCGAUCACGCAGGAGAGAAAUUUUGUCUAGAGUACGAUCCAAAUAGUCUCCUCUAUGUUAGCAAGGCCAUGGAUCUCUUUGACCUCGGCGCAACAAAUCAGCUUGGUGCUUCAUCAAGGAGGGCGGAUAAUCUGGCACGUAGAAAAGCUGGGUCUGAAUCAGAAUCUUCCCUUGGAGAUGCAGCCUGCAGCCUUACUCUUCCCGAGAGCCCAUACGAGGAACAACCAGAAGCAAAUGGGCCAACAGAUCUUAAUACACCCAUUGAGCCAUCUUCUGGUCCUCCUGCUGAUUUAGUAUCUGGGAUGAAAGCCAUGAAAGAUCAUCCUACCCUAGUUAUGGGUAUUUCUAGCGACAUCCUGUUCCCGGCGUGGCAGCAAAGAGAGGUUGCUAAUACGCUAAGAAAGGCAGGAAAUACCAAAGUAAGCCAUGUCGAGCUUGGGGAGGACGUAAGUCAAUUCGGACAUGAUACAUUCCUAUUGGAUGUAGAGCAUGUCGGCGGGCCAUUGAAGGAGUUCUUGGCACUAAUCGUGGAUCCGGAUUCGAGAACUGGACUUUUAGAGGACACCUUCUAUCCAGACUCAAACUCAGACAUCAGUUCCGAAUAUCGAGACGACGACCAGGAUCAAUUGGAAUUCGGUACAGACAGAGCUAGAAGAGAUAACAUGAGUUCCAUAAAGGGAGAUGGUGCGAAAGCAAUAGGGGUAGAGACCAACAUCAGUUCUCUGGGAGGAGAGAGACAAACAAAGUCGAGUGAUAGCGCAGCUCCAGGAGGUAGUGGGAGCUUUGAGAGGGCUGGCGAUAGAGCCGCGGAAGAUCAGGUUGAUGCAGAAGUUCUGGAACAUGCCAUUGAGAACUUAGAAGCUAAAAAGAAGGCGUGGUGGGCUUAUUUGCUUACACGAGAUUUUUGGAUUAUCUUACUUCUUGGACAAAUUCUUUCUCUAUGCAUCACGGCUACGAACACGUUCACAACACUCCUUGCGAACAAGGGAACGUCGAUUCCGGCUUUUCAGACACUUUUCAAUUACAUAGUUUUGUGCGCUAUCUACACGACAUAUACUAUUUAUAAGUAUGGAUGGAGAAAUUUCUUGAAAAUUCUCUGGGUAGAUGGCUGGAAAUACGCCAUCUUGUCUUUCAUGGAUGUCGAGGGAAAUUAUUUCACCGUGUUGGCUUAUCGAUGGACCAAUGUUCUCAGCGCCCAACUUCUCAACUUUUGGUCUAUCAUUUGCGUUGUAAUCGUUUCUUUUAUUUUCCUCCGCGUUCGGUACAAGUGGCUUCAGGUCCUUGCCAUUCUUGUUUGUUGUGGUGGAAUGGGCAUCCUCCUUGCAUCUGAUCACAUUACUGGAUCCAAUGGAGGCAGUCCAUCGACCAUGUUGAAAGGUGACCUUUUCGGAUUAGCAGGCGCUACCCUGUACGGACUCUCCAAUGUUUUUGAGGAAUGGUUCGUUUCCAAACGUCCCAUGUACGAAGUCCUAGGCAUGCUUGGUCUCUUCGGAAUCAUCAUCAAUGGCAUCACAGCCGCCAUAUUCGAUCGUCACUCAUUUAAAACCGCCGUCUGGGACGGCGAAGUCGGUGGCUACAUUGUUGGAUACACACUCGCUCUCACACUCUUCUAUACACUCGCCCCCAUCAUUUUGCGCAUGGCCUCGGCGGCAUUCUUUGAUAUAUCGCUUCUCACGGCUAAUUUCUGGGGUGUCAUCAUUGGUAUCAAGGUUUUUGGAUACACGGUAUACUUCUUGUAUCCAAUAGCUUUUGUGUUGAUCAUCCUCGGAUUAUUUGUAUAUUUCUUAGCAGGCAGUAUGCUGGGAGAUGCGGUCAAACCGUGGUUAGGCAAAGAUCAACAGGCCGGCGUAGCGGGUGUAGGAACCGCAAAGUUGAAGGCGAUCAAGGAGGCGAGGAGAGAGGGACUGGUUAAUACGGGGGAGAGAAUGGCUUGA